AUGUUCUGGGUGGAAAUGGACCACUUUGCGAAGUUUCCUCUCAUACCGCAAGCACAUCUACGACGACGACCACCACCACAACCACCACUACCACUACCACCACUACUACCACUACUACCACUACGACACCUGCACCAGGUCCUAGACCAGGUGAUUGAAAUCCCCCCCCCCCUUUCCCUAUUUGUCUAAAG